AUGGACCCCUCCCAAAAUAGCCCCCAACUUGGCCGCAUCACCAACCGCCUCGCACAAUAUCAACAACAAAUCUCUCCCGCCCCGCACUCAGACUCAACCCCAACCAAGCAACCAACCAUGGCAGCACGCGACCCCAUCACCUGCCAUUGCCUCAAUACCCUGUCCGGCACACCAGCAGCAAACCUGCCAGUGACCCUCACCCUCCUCUCUACCCCAGCCUCAGCCACCAGCGGUGUCACAUUCCGCGCAACCACCAAUGCCGACGGCCGCGUCGCCAACUGGACCCCAGUCGGAACAGCCUCAGAGUCAGUCCCUGCCAUCCUAGCUGCCCUGCCCGCUGCGGAUAGCAAGACCAACUGGUCUGUGCGCUUCGAGGUUGGUCCCUGGUACGAGGCCCAGGGCGUCGAGAGCUUCUGGCCAGAGGUCGAGGUUAAGUUCACCGUCAAGGGACGUGGGCGCGAGGGUGAAGAGGGCUGGCGCCACUACCAUGUUCCUGUCCUUCUGGGUCCGUGGAAUUACUCGACCUAUCGGGGUUCGUGA